CAACACACGUUCCUCAGAGUCGCACUCGGCCUCUUCCUCUCCUUGCUCGACUCCUCCAUCGUCGCCACUUCCCUCUUCACCAUCGCCGUCGAGUUCGGCGACGUCGACAGCAUCAACUGGGUCGCGCUGGCCUACACGCUCACGUACCUCAGCUGUGCCGUGCUCUACGCUCGCAUCUCGGACGUCGUCGGCCGCCGAGUCGCCUUCAUCUCUGCCUACGUCGUGUUCAUCGUCUUCUCGCUGGCGUGCGGGUUCAGUCAGGCGAUGGGGCAGCUCAUCGCCUUUCGGGCGAUCCAGGGGUUGGGCGGGUCUGGACUGUAUAGUGUCUCGAUGAUCACUCUUCCUGAGCUGACGCCGACUCAUCUCCAGAAGCAUAUCGCAAGUCUUGUGGGAUUAGUGAUAGCUUCCGCGGGGGUGUUGGGCCCUGUUCUGGGAGGCAUCCUCACGCAGUACACGAGUUGGAGAUGGGUGUUUUGGAUCAACGGACCGGUAGGUGGCUUCUCCCUCCUCGUCUUCAUGCUCGCCUGGCCGGAUAAGAGGCAUCUCCCGUCGCUGGAACGCCGCGCCUGGAAAGACGUCGACUUUAUCGGCGCGUUCCUCCUGAAGGUAAAAUCGAGGCGAAGGUCUUGGGCUUUCUGGUGUUUGUUGGCCUCGGUUUCGGGCUCCUCUGCCCAAGGCAUCAUGUCCCAGGUCCGCAUCUUUGGCGGCAGCAUCGGCAUUGCCGCGUCGUCGGCCAUCCUGGGCACCAAGACCCGCGCGGUGCUAGCCGGCGGGAGCGUGCCGCCCGAGGCACUUGCCAACCUAGCAUCAGACAGCCUGGCGCCGGAGCAGUGGGCGCUCAUCAGGAGGCUGUACACGGACGCCCUGAAGGAGGACAUGAUUGUGUGCUGCGCCGUGCUCGCUGCCGCGACCAUCUGCACUCUUGGGGUCUGCCGCAGGAACAGGGUCUCUUUCGAGGAGAUGAUGAAGCAGCGGCAUCUCGAGGAAGGUGAGAGGAGAAAGGCAGCUCUGGACUCGGAUACGGGCCCCACGGACACUGCACGAUUCCUGUUCCAAGCUCAAGCUCACUCCCACUGCCGACCCCACUUUCGUUCCGUAUUCCCGGCAACACCUACACCCUACUCCUCCUCUUUCUUCUUCUCCGCUUCAGCAGUGCGAACAACCAUGUCCGCCGCCAUGGCCAAGCGCCUCGAGGGCAAGACGAUAGUCAUCACGGGCGCCUCAUCGGGCAUCGGCCGGAGCUGUGCCUUUGAGUUUGCGCGCACGGCGCCCAAGGACCUGAAGCUGGUCCUCACGGCGCGGCGAGUCGACCGGCUGCAGGAGAUUGCCGCGCAGAUCAAGGAGGAAGUUGGCGACGGCGUCAGGGUGCUGCCCGUCGCGCUGGACGUGGCCGAUCCCGAGCAGGUGCGGGGCUUUGUCGGGGGCUUGCCUGAGGAGUUCAGGAGCAUUGAUGUGCUCGUCAACAAUGCGGGGCUGGUCAAAGGAGUCGCCCGCGCACCUGAGAUUGCCGAGGAAGACAUCAACGUCAUGUUCCAGACCAAUGUCACCGGCCUGAUCAACAUGACCCAGGCCGUCCUGCCCAUCUUCAAGGCUCGGCCCGACGGCGGCGCCGGCGACAUCAUCAACAUUGGCAGCAUUGCCGGACGGGAGCCCUACGCCGGCGGCAGCAUCUACUGCGCCACCAAGGCUGCCGUGCGCGCCUUCACCGAUGCUCUGCGCCAGGAGCUGAUUGCCACCCGCAUCAGGGUCAUGGAGAUUGACCCCGGGCAGGUUGAGACGGAAUUCUCCGUCGUUCGGUUUUACGGAGACAAGUCCAAGGCGGAUGCUGUCUAUGCUGGCUGCGAUCCCCUGACACCCGACGACAUUGCCGAGGUCGUCGUCUUUGUUGCAGGGCGGCGCCAGAAUGUCGUUAUCGCCGAUACGUUGAUCUUCCCCAGCCAUCAAGCUGGCGCUGGUGUCCUCCACCGCAAACAGACAUGA